GGGAGCAGGAGUGGGUGUGUCUGAAGUGGGGGAGGCUAAGUCUUAGAAGGUGGCAAUUUUCCUAGGCCGGCGGCGCGGGGAGCAGUUGGAGAGGCCCGGCUGGCCGGGGCUUCGGCCUCAGGCUUCGGGAAAUGGCCACGAGGGGCAGGAUGGAGGACGGUUCCUUGGAUCUCACCCAAAGUAUUGAAGAUGACCCUCUUCUGGACACCCAGCAUCUUCUACACCAUUCAUUACAUGCUCAGUUUAGACCCAGAUUCCACCCUCUUCCUACAGUCAUCAUAGCAAAUCUUCUCUUAUUAAUUCAUGUUGUAUUUGUCAUUUUAGCAUUUUUAACAGGUGUGCUUUGUUCUUACCCUAAUCCAAUUGAGGACAAGUGCCCAGGAAACUAUACCAACCCACUGAAGGUUCAGACAGUCAUAAUCCUUGGAAAAGUUAUUUUGUGGAUUCUGCAUUUCCUUCUUGAACGCUACAUCCAGUAUCACCACAACAAAGUCAGAAACCGAGGCUAUAACACGAUCUACCUAGCUACGAGGCAUCUUAAAGGACUUGCACUGAUGAUACACUCAACCGGCAGCACAGCUCUCCUCCUCGUGCUGUGCGUGCAGCACUCCUUCCCGGAGCCCAGCAGGCUGUAUCUUGACCUCAUCCUGGCCAUCCUGGGCCUGGAACUGAUCUGUUCCCUGACCUGUCUGCUCAUUUACACAGUGAAAAUUCGAAAAUUUAAUAAAGCCAAACCACAACCUGAUGUACUUGAAGAAGAAAAAAUCUAUGCUUACCCCAGCAAUAUUACCUCGGAGACUGGAUUCAGGCCUAUUUCAAGCCUAGAAGAGAUCGUUGAAAAGCAAGGAGACAUAAUUGCCUACCUGAAGCGACACAAUGCCCUGUUGAGUAAGCGCUUGUUGACUUUCACUUCCUCUGACCUUGACUCUCCGCCUGGUCACGUGUGAGCUGCUCAAGGUCAGGAGAGCAGUAGCAGAGGAAUGCAGAGGAAUCUAAGACUGAUCGAUGACCUGACAAGCUAUUCUCAGGAAUGCCAGUUUUUGCCAGAUAGCAUUUGACAAUUUUGGUUGGAAACUUUAAUUUUGCUCUCACCUGCAUGGCUCUUUAGUAGGUGAGACUUUUGGGUCACUUGAAAAGUAUUUCAUAGAGCCUGGAUAUCUCGAGGAGAACGUCUGUUUUUGCACAUUUUGAAGUUGUUUACCUGUCUGGUUUAUCCUAAGAUCAAAGGUGUAGUUUAAACGACUCUUCCUGCCCAAGACUAGAACCUGGUAAUAAUUUGGCUAUGUAUAUGGAGGUAAUCUGACGCGAUGAUCUAGUUGAAACAAGGGUUUGAUCAAGUAAUAUUUUCUCCACUCUUAAACUGA